UUUGUGCAGUGAUACAGUCCACAACAGAUCGUAAAGUAACCUAUUGCGACCGCUGGAGGGAUUUUAUUUACAUAACUAGUCUGAAAUUCUACUUCCGGUAUUGACACUAACUCGACGGCGGUAAAGAGGAGCGAGUGGGGGCUUGUUCAACAGUGGAGCCUCCAGCACGGAGCGCACUACACACACACAUGUCCCGCGGUCUCUUUGCGUGGAGCCCCAGAUGAGGAGCUCCCACGUCCGGGGAAUGACAGCAGCUGUCAUUUCGAGUGACAGCUUUCACUCGGACUCACUUCACUGACUCUGUGAAGCCCCAUCUACAGCUACAGCAGAUCCAAAGCGGAUCCACUUCCACAGACCGGGACUAUGCCAGAGAUGGAGAAAGGGAGACCUCCAGAAAGUAAACGCAGCAGGAAACCCGCGCACCCCGUAAAGAGGGAAAUAAAUCAGGAGAUGAAGACUUUUGCUGAGAGCACCAUGAAUGAACUCCUGGGAUGGUACGGCUAUGACAAAGUCGAUCUCAGAGACUCAGAGGCCAAUGAGAUCAGGAACUACAGGGAGAGGCGCCAGCAUGUAUCUGUGUUAAAAGAAAACUCCUUGCCAAAACAUAAGACUGCGGACAGCAAAGUCAGUCACUCAGUCCAUGCAAUGAAGAGCGGGGAGAAGGAUUCAUCCAGGAUCCCUUCAUCGUCACCUUCCUCUUCGUCGACAAGCACAUCCACGUCUAAGGAGCACAAGAGUGCACCUGUCAUUGUCCCUCUCAUAAAACCAUCAGCAGUGGACGACAUGCAGAAUGUGCAGAUAGUGUGUGUUUGGUGCCAGAAGGAAGGUGUAAAGCGCUACUCUCUAUGCAUGGGUUCCGAGCUGAAGAGCUUCUGCAGUGAGAAGUGUUUCGCCGCCUGCAGACGGGCCUACUUCAAACGCAAUAAGGCCAGAGAUGAAGACCUCCACGGUGAGAGGUCCCCACAGCACCCCCAUACGGAUGACUCACCCAGGCUGGUGAUGAAGAUAAACAGCAAUGUUAGAUCUCUCUCUCCUGUGAUGCAGGUGUGUGAUUGGUGCAAGCAUGUCCGACACACCAAAGAAUACCUGGAUUUUGGAUCUGGCGAAGAGCGACUCCAGUUCUGCAGCACCAAAUGCCUCAAUCAGUACAAGAUGGAUGUUUUCUACAGAGAAGCCCGUGCUGCUCUUACGUGUUCCAGUCCGGCUAGAGCUGGCCAGGAGGGGAGGUCGGACACCGGUAUUGCCGGGCAAAAGCUUCUCACUCCAGAAUCUUGGAAUAACAGCGGUAGCACAGGGGAAGCGCAUCAUAGAAACAUCUCCCCAAAGGGCCCUACACCAAUCUUGGGCUCAACAGAAUCAUCCUCCAUCUCCCCGUCAGAGUCGUCAUCAUCUUCUUCUAAACUCCCUGUCUCUGGACAGAGGACGCUGGACAGGCCCAUCCAACAACCUCCUCCUGCUGUAGUGGUGUCGCCUCACCCUACUCUUAUCCCUCCUCCUCUUCCACGCCCCACUUUAGAUCAUCAGCCAAUUCCUCAAAUGCCAAUGCCCUUCAUCAGGCCUCCUCUUCAUGCCCAGGGUCUCCGAAGCCCCCUUGCCAACCAUCCAAGACAACCAGGCCCCUCCUCUAGCCCUAUCCACAGAACCCCCCACUCUCCACACCUUCAACCUCCCAAUUCCUCCUCUAUGAACCCCCCAGGAAUGAUGCAUCCUUUCCCUCGACCCUACUUCCCUGGCUUACACUCCCCCCCAGUGAAUAUGUUACCAAGAGGCCCUGUCCCAAUACCUCCCGUAAUGAACUUUGGCAUUCCUUCCUUUAGUCCACUCCUGCCACAUCCCACUGUCCUGGUACCUUACCCCAUUAUUGUUCCACUGCCUGUCCCAAUACCCAUUCCAAUCCCGGUUCCAGUUCCUCCAAAAACAAAUCAUGAAACUCUAAACCACAGUGGCGUUAUACAGCCUGUCCCAGAGGGAAAAGACAAAUGUAGAUCCAUACCUGCCAAGGUUCCAUCUCCUGGAAUACCUGAAGGGAAUUCCCAAUAUCUACACCAAAAAGUGGGUGGAAACUUGUCACAUAGUGACCCGAAUUGCAAGGACAUGAGUUGGGUUAAAUCAGAGAGGCCAUUCCCAUCCCCAACAUCCACAUGCCCCAGUGGGACACCAUCCCCCGGAGCACAGUACAACACAUCACCCUGCUCAACGCACACCUCGGAAGGGCUCAUAGACUAUAAACAACAACAGCAGCAGUCAGAACGACAAGUUAUACAAAGGGUACUACAAAGAACCCAAGUGAAGCUGGAACCUAAUGCCAGGGGAUUACAGGACUUCUCGGGGUUGGAGGAGUCACGCACAGUCCAGAGUAUCAAAUCAGGGUUCCAUGACAUCAUUCAACCCCCCAAAUCUCCUUCACAUGACACUGUAAACCAAAAUAAGGACUCUCAUGUGUCACCUCCACCAAGCCCAUACGGUGGCAUGUCUUCUGUCUUGAAAUCUCAGAGCCAUGGCCCAAAUGGGAUGUCCUCUGUACAAUCCACAGGCAGUUCAGACUCACCCAUACCCCAAAGAGUAUUAGCACCCCCAACAGAUACUGCACUGACAGAGCAGGAGUCCAUAAAGGAGAACAAGUGCUCUGUUGUCGGCCCUGUACGAGUUGAAGGUCCAGUCGGUCAGUCAGAAGAGACUUUAGUUACAGAUGCAGGAGAGGACCCCCAUUUCCCAGAUGAGGACCAUGCCUAUGCCCUACCCACUGCACCAAAGACAGGUGGCAGCCCCACUCCGCUGCUCUUACCCAAACUCAGGGACAAGGGUAGCUUACGAAGCCCCGCUAAUACACCCAAUUCUGCCGACAUGGAGCCAGCUCUGAAGAGAAGAUGUCUGCGCAUCCGCGAUCAAAACAAAUAACGGACAGAGCACCCCUGUUCAACACAGGAUGGCAGUGCCGGAUUCACUACCACGCCCUCUUGUGGACAACGCCAGUGCUAACACCUUCCCACCUGAUCCCCACAGCCCACCAGUGUUGCGUGGCCUGUGGACCAGCAGGUUGCCAAAGCCGGAAGCAACCCACAUGGCCACAUGAUCACAAGUCUCCUUGGAGCGUGGAAGGGAGGGACACAACACAAUCACACGUUUUGGACCAAAACAAGUUCCCCUGGCUCGUGUUGUGUCCAAGGACUGUUUGAUACAGACCAUCCCUUGAAGUGUGUUGCUGUGCCCAGAUGUGAUUGUCUUCCUCCUCCUCCUCCUCCGCCUCCUGACUCCACAGAGCAGACAGGGCACUGAUCAGCCUUGUGUGGUCUUCUCAGAUGGAGCCCGAACAUGAUCUCUUUCCAGGGGAAACGGCUUGUUUUCUCUGCCCAGCUUGCACAAAGAGCCACAUUGUUCCUCUCACCGUAUACCACACGGACUCCCCACUCCAGGUUUUGGGUUACCUGGCCGACGGGGGCUCAGACUUCAGGAGGAGGUGGUUUUAUUUUUUUGACCGACAGCUUGGAAUAUAGGAUACCCUUCUCCUCUCCAUCUCCCUGCCCAAUCUAAAUACACAACACUCGGAUUCUGAGGUUUGGGUUCCUCACUAUCCACAACCCGCUUGUUCUGCCUUUCAGGGAGAGAUGAGAUUAAAAAAAAAAAAGAUCACAAAGGGCUUUUUGGUUAAGACUGAUGACUGAGCAGUUUAUGACAAGAUGUCUACUACUGUAGAUACAUGUUAAAUAAUGUAUAAAAACAUAGAUUAUAAGACAGACUGACCUACUGAUACACAGUAGCUGGGAUGGUGUGUGUGAUCGCUUUAGUGGUCCUGAUGAUGCGGGUCCAUGAAUGUGUCAUUUAAAAGACCCCGCCCAUCAACAUUUGUAUAGCAAAUCAUAUUUCCAAAGGAGGAGCAUUUCACAAAAUUUCCUUGAGCAACUAAUGCGGGAAAAAAUAUUCAACAACGACUGUAUUGACCUGAGUAUAAGUCAAUACAUAAUAAGAGAUUUAUCCAUGCCAACCUGAAGAUGGCGCCAAACCACCUCGCCCCAAGCAAGCUUUUCUUCCAGUCACUCCCUCACACCAGUGACCAUGCAGCCACAAAAAAAUGGACCCACUGGAAAAAAAAGGUGUCUCAAAGGAUUUUGUCUACCAAAAACAAGUAUUGGAAAGGGUUGUCUUAUGUUCAGGGUGUCUUAUAUUCACGUCAGUACAGUAAUUAAUUGUUGAUUUUUUUUUUUUACAGGAGAAUGUCUCUCUGAACUCCUGUUUUCAUGCCAGUGUUGUAGCAGUUGUUGAUCAGAAUAAUGCUGUCUGGAGGAGUUGUGCCAUAGCAUGGAUGUAGCUCAGCUCCCCGUAGCUGAUAUCAUGUUCUUCUUCAGACAGAAAACCCAACUUGGUAGCAGCCAAGUCAUGCACUCUAUUUUAAAUCAAUGAUCAAUUAAAUAGAUUUUUUUCCCCAUCCCAAAUUUGACCUAAAGGCAGUUAAACUGAUCUGGAUUCUGGUGUUUUCAUAAAAUGACUCUUAAGAUGAUUCCAGAAAAAAAAUGGAGUAAUAUUACCAAGUGUGGUGUUUUUAUAUAUAUAUAUACAUAUAUAUAUAUAUAUGUAUGUAUAUAUUCAAGCGUUAAAUACUGCAGUAUGCAGUGAUCAGUAUUACAAUCCCUUAUUUUGGGAACACAUCCAGCAACACUUUCUUGUUGAUCAUCACAGAGAUAUUCGUCAAUGUUAUAAUAAGUUAUGAUGACACAUUACUUUCACAAAAGUGCUUUCAUUUGUCUAUUUUUUCCUCACAUGUCAUAAUUAUGAGUGCUGAUGUUGUCAAAUGAAUUUUAUGUAUAUAGACAACGGUCCAGAAGUAUUUGGACAUUGCCUUUAUACAACACCUCAAGUGUUGUCAAGUAAAACAAUGACUGAAGGCAAAAUUAUAGUACUGUAUUUUAGUCCUGGGCCUAAUUGUACACAGCGUCCCCACUAGAGAGCAGUAUAUGCUUUGGAAAUAUUGCACCUGUUGGCUUUUAGGAUACACUAAUGAUGCCAUGAAAUGCCAAAUCAUUUCUCUACCAGGCCAUUUACCGCUGUCACAUAAGAUCAUCACUCCUAUUGAUGGAACAAGUCACAUGACUCGACAUGACUCCCGUUUGUGCCAUCAUUCCAGAACUAUACAUCCAUUAGUGUGUCCUCCAUCACUCAAGCGUGAGUGAGCCCACUGUGGCAACCCACGUCACAUCACCCCACAUCACAGGCCAACAACAAGACAAAAAAAAAAGACUAUUAGUGGUUUUAUUGCACAUGAUGUUCAGUUUAAAUACAGUUUAGUGCCACUGUUUUGUUGCUCAUAUAGCCCGCUGUCUGAAUCCAUAUCAUGGGUUGUUUGUAUUUGAACUCUUUGUAAAGUUAAAUCAAUAAAAAAAUAUUCUA